UCUGUACACGAUCGUUUCAUUCUCUUUUUUUUUUCUUCUCAAACCGAAAUGAAAAAAAAACCUCAUGACGAUAGUAAUUUUGCACAUUCUAUGUGAAAAAAUCUUAUGUCACAGAAAAAAAUGAGGGAUUAUGAAGUCAUUUUUUUUUUAAAUCUUACAAGCCGGAUAAGGUAUUAAAUACUUCUUCUCAUGCAGCUGCACCCUAUGUGGUAAAUGAACGGAUAAUUUAUUAUUGAAAAAUUGAAGUAACUUUAAAAUGCGAUCUGCAGCUAUAGUUACGCUGACUCAAUUCGAAUUCUAUAAUUGAAUUUGCUAGAAAGGUAAAAGAAUAAUUGAAGCAGCCGUACAAGAAGGUACGGGGAAUUUUAUUUGAAUCAUCUGUCACAACGUGCCAUGUAUCGGCAUAUAUUUAGUCAGCGAGGUAAUGCAUGAGAAUAACGUUUACUUUGCGCCUACAAUUUAACUGUAAUAUACAGAAUUACACCCGUUUUCUUUUCAUUCAAUUUGCCCAAGGUGAACUUUUUUCAAGAUUCGACGAAAAAAAAAUUUCAUGCAAAAGAUCGCGUACAACCGUGCCCAAUUUGAUCCAGUUGCGUCACCCCUGCAGAAGAGACGAAGGCCAUUUUUUUUUCUUUUCAAUUCUUUUCCGGAGCGUUUUUCAUGAAUUUUCUUCCAAAAGAUCGUUACCAAACUACUUUCUUAUUCAAUGCACAUUAUUCUCUUCUAUGCAGGUUGUACCGAGAAAUUUUUCCGAUACAGGGACAGAUGAAAUGAAUCACCCGGUAUUUUACACGGUACAUACGCGGUAUGCACGUUUAGGUGCAGUAAUGAAAAUGCAGCGAUGCGAAAAACGUUGACUUUGCUCUUAAAAUUUCUAUGUACAUAAAUACUUUUCACUCGAUCCGUAGUAAAUCGACUCGAAUGAAUUCUGCAGUUAUAAAGUCGCACAGCUCUAUUAGGCUCUCAAGGAAUUUUUUCCGGCUUUGACAAUUAUAAAUUGAAUGCGGCAGAAUGGCGUCGGAAUCGUUGGUCGUUAAGGGGAUUUUCCUCUAUGAGCAGGAUAACGCGACUGCUCAUCGUACGUGUAAAUAUGAACUCGUUCAUAUGGACCCACCUACACCGGUUCUUCGGCGGGGUCAGCCAUUCAAUUUGGCUAUACGUUUCGAUCGCAGUUACGUCGAUGAAACGGAUAUAGUUCGCAUGUUAUUCAGUUUCGGUCCGAAUUCGAACGUCCUGAAAGGAACUAGAGGAGUGAGCACCGUUACACCGAGAGACACUUAUCUCACGGAUUUGGAGGCAUGGGGAAUCAGAAUGAUUGGUAUAAACGGCGAAGAUCUCAUGGUCGAAGUUAGAAGCCCUUUCGACAGUCCGGUCGGUAUUUGGCAAUUGAAUGUCGAAACUACCACCGCUGGGAGUAAGAAGCCACCGAAUACUUAUCACUUGGAUAAGGAUAUUUAUUUGCUGUUCAACCCGUGGCUCAAAGAGGACUCGGUUUACAUGGAAGACCAGAGACUCCUCGACGAGUACAUCGGCAAUGACACCGGAAAAAUUUGGGUCGGUGCUUUGGGGAGUUGCAGAGGCAGGGAAUGGGUCUUCGGUCAAUUCGACGCCUGCGUUCUUCCCGCGUGUCAACUUUUGUUGGAAAGAUCGGGAAUAAAGGCCGCAUCUCGCGGGGAUCCCAUCAAAAUGACGAGGGCGAUUUCGAGAAUCGUGAAUUCGAACGACGACAGGGGUGUUCUCACCGGUCGUUGGGACGGCGAGUAUUCGGACGGCACGGCCCCGUCAGCUUGGACGGGGAGUGUGCCGAUCCUCGAACAAUUUUUGGAAACUAAGGAAGAAGUUAGUUACGGUCAAUGUUGGGUGUUCGCCGGUGUAACGACAACGGUUUGCAGAGCCCUAGGGAUACCGUCGAGAGUCGUUUCGAAUUUGGUAUCGGCCCAUGACGCGAACGCGUCUCUGUCCGUCGAUCGUUACUACAACGCUGACAACGAGGAGUUGGAAUACGACCCCGAAAAUCCGAUGGGGGAAGACUCCAUUUGGAAUUAUCACGUAUGGAACGACGUUUGGAUGUCGAGACCGGAUCUCCCGAAAGGUUACGGCGGAUGGCAAGCGAUCGAUGCUACUCCUCAAGAAACUUCUGACGGAAUGUACCAAUGCGGUCCGACUUCUCUCGAAGCCAUAAAAGACGGUGCGGUCGGUUACAAUUACGACGUACCUUUCAUGUUGGCCUCCGUUAACGCCGAUCUCAUGAGAUGGAAGGAAGAUCCGACCAGCGAUUUUGGAUGGAGCAAAAUAGACUGCAACAAAUACCAUAUCGGCAGAAUGAUUUUGACCAAAAUCCCGUUCAUCUUCGAUCCUAACGGCGAUCGUGACAAGGAGGACAUCACCGCCUUGUACAAAUCUAAAGAAGGAACGGAAGCCGAACGUUUGACUUUACUCAGAGCGGUGCGAGGUUCGGAAAGAGCGAAGAAGUUCUACGCUGUUCCAGAUGCGGCGAAAGAAGACGUUGAGUUCGAACUCGUUGAUUUGGACAGAGUGAAAAUUGGUCAACCGUUCGCCGUGACGGUCCGCAUAAAGAAUAAAUCAAACGAACCGAGAAAUAUUCAGGCGAUAUUAUCGGCCGGAAGUGUUUAUUACACCGGAGUUAAAGCUAAUUUGGUAAAGAGAGCGACCGGACAGUUCACCGUUCAUCCUGGGGGCACCGAACAGCUCAAACUGACCGUGAAAGUUGACGAUUACCUUGAGAAAUUGGUCGAAUAUUCGAUAAUGAAGCUCUACGCUAUAGCAACUGUUAAGGAAACCAAUCAAACAUGGGCCGAAGAAGACGAUUUCCAAGUUUUAAAACCGCCAAUAACCGUCAAGAUCGACGGCGAACUUAUCGUCGGAAAACCUGCGGCCAUUUCGCUGAGCUUCACGAAUCCGUUGAAUAGAAUUUUAACCCAAUGUAAGUUUAACUACGCCGGUCCCGGAUUGACCAGAAACAAAACUCUGCCGUUCAGAGACGUCGGACCGAACGAAUUAGUCAGAGUUGAGCAUCAGUUUGAACCGCAAAAAGCUGGCAAACAACAAAUUAUCGCAACUUUCACGUCCAAGCAACUCGUAGACGUCACAGGAUCGGCAACCGUUGAGGUCUUUGACGAGGACGAGUGAUAUUUUUUCCAAACAUUGAAGAUCUAUAUGGGGUACAUUAUUCUAUUGUUAUACUCAAUUCGAUUUUCGUUCGAAAGUUUAUUCAAGAGGUAUACGAAGAUCGCGUUCGUAUGAUGAAUAUCAUCCGGAUUUAUUCUAUUUUAUAAUUAUAUAUUUAUUUUCUUUUUUUACUUAAUAUGAUUGCGGUUAGCUACACGAUUAUUGUGUGUGGCUGUAAAAGGCUGCGUCCCGUUUAAUGACGUUAUUCGCAUUAUGGUUAACCAUUAACGUCCUCGUGACCCACUUCUGAUUAUAACACGAUGAAAAAAAAACUUCAGAAAAGAGGAAAAGAAUCAUUGUUCCCCUGUAAAUGGGCCGGAAACUUUCAGUUUCCUUUUUCUAUUUUUCAUUUUAUUUGUGAAGAGUAAAAUUCCUUGCAAAGAAAAAAAAAAAAAAUGUGAUUGCAAGAAGCAUUUCAAUAUUGAUUCAUUUACAGUAGAUUGUACUCCUCGGAUCGAGAACAUGGAUUCGAACGAAUCCACCAAAUUCACCCUGUGACUUGAGUUGCCUACAAUCAGGCGCAGUCGAGCGUGUGUUGAAUUAUAAGUGCGAUCAUAAUUUUUUCUGUUUCUCCUUCCUCUCGUGAAAUUUUUAUUUACAAAUAAUCAUAAAUAGAACAAA